UAUUGGCAAUUGGCAACACGAAGUUAGUUUAUGGUUUUCAGCCUCUCGGCAGCCAUAUUUUGUUAUCCUUGCCAAAGUUCCUGUGGAUUUUCCGUACAAAAUGUUAAAAUCGGCUUCGGGUGCUUUGGCUAAUGUCCUGAAAAGGUCUUUGAUACCUGCUACUAAUGUUUGUGCAGUGAUCCCUUCAAGAAGGGCUCACGGAGGUCCCGUCGAGUCAGACGAAGAAUUUGAUAGAAGAUAUGAAGCCUUCUUCAACAGAAAAGACAUUGAUGGAUGGGAAAUCCGUAAGGGUAUGAACGACUUGUGCGGUAUGGACUUGGUGCCUGACCCCAAGAUCAUCAUUGCUGCCAUGCAUGCCUGCAGACGAGUGAAUGACUACGCCCUCGCUGUGAGGUUCAUUGAGGCUUGCAAAGACAAGUGCGGAAGCAAAGUAUCCGAAAUCUACCCAUACAUCAUUCAGGAAAUCAAGCCAACACUCACAGAGCUCGGAAUUGAAACUCCAGAGGAACUUGGCUAUGACAAGCCAGAAUUAGCUUUAGAAAAUGUGUACGACAUGUAAGGUUAUUGGUGAUAAGCUGUAGAAAAUUUGUAUAAUAGUUUUGCUGUUGACUUAUUUUAUUUAAUUGUGAGAUACAACUAUCAAAGUAUUCUAGGUCCACCAUAUAAAAUCGGCUGGCUUGUCUAAUGUAUUAAACAUUAGCGAAAUAGCA